AUGCGUUCCACAGUCUUGAUUCUUGCCCUCUUCGGAAUGGCUGCUUCCAUCGAAAUGUUCGGUCGUGACCAAUCUUCUGCUGUCCGAGGAAAGUUGAUUUGUGACGGACGACCAGCUGCAGGAGUUUUGGUUAAGCUUUGGGACAAAGAUACUUUGGAUUCCGAUGAUCUCCUCGAGUCUGGAACCACCGACAGCAACGGAGACUUCCACCUCGCCGGAUGGACCAAGGAAUACACCCCAAUUGAUGUCAAGCUCAACAUUUACCACGACUGCAACGACGGAAUCAAGCCCUGCCAAAGAAAGUUCGGAAUCAAGAUCCCAGACUCUUACACUUCAUCUGGAAAGAUUCCAAAGAAGGUUUACGACGCUGGAGUUAUUCAACUCGCUGGAUCUUACCCAGGAGAGAGCCGUGAUUGCAUCCACUAA